GGCUAGGACUCGAUAACCCCCAGUUUGGAUCACACCGACCGUUCAUGUACAACACGGGCGAAAUUUCUCCUGCGCCAGAAACAUGUCGGUCUUUGAGAAAUUGGGCCCAUUCGUAAGCCUGUGCCAAGCUUGUGGCAUGAUCCCUUAUACAAUCAAAAGAAAUUCAGACACCAAUCAAUUCGAGAAAUUCACCUUCUCCUUCAAGCAUUUCAACACUUGGUGGUUCUUUUUCAUGUUGGUGUUGCAGCUGUCGCUCUUUAGUGCCGCUCCGCUCUUCUACCGGGAUGUGUUUCAAGCGUUAUUAUCCGACCGAACUAUGCCCAUCAUCUUCACCAUUCUAACCGGGACGGUCUCCUUUUCCUACUUGGCCCAGUUCUUGACUUGCCGAUGGAUCAUUCUGCGCUACAAACAAUUGCGGAACGCAGUGGAAGCCGUGCAGGAGGUCGAGAGGCUUUUCGGAGAAACAUUUAUUGCGCAACAUCAGAGCUCAUCACUCGUGACGCGAACUGCCAUCGGUUUCACUCUCGCAGUCACUGCGGCGACAGUUGCGCUGUGCGUGAUGUUUCCAAUAUAUCAAUCCUUCCUGCCAAAAAAUCUGGACAUCUUUACAGCGACUGCGUUUUUCUCCAUUUUAACUUCGAUUAGCAUCAUGUUUGACUGCCAAUACCUUCUGAUUCAUCUGUCUUAUUACAUCAUCGCUCAUUACAUCAAAUUCUUAUCGCUCCACUUUGAUGCUGUAGAAGAUGACGAACUACCAGCAACUCUCAACAAAAGGACUGAGAAUAAGUUGGAAGGAAACGCCCUCAUAUUCGACCACCUUUGCCGAGCGUCUUCGCAGUUGAAUGACAUUUUGUCGGGGCCAGUUUUAUUUCUUUUGACGACGAAAUUCCUUUCGAUCGUCACAUGCGCGUAUGCCUGGAUUUUCAAUUUGAUUCACGCAAAUGAGGUGUUGGACGAUUUCAGCUUGGUGUUCCCUUUUCUCUUCUUCACCGAUUGGAUCCGACUAUUAAUUCUUCUCUCAACAGCCGACAUGCCAGUUCAUCAGGUUCGUCUCCUUCGUGAAAGAUUAACCUCUGCGACGUAUUCGAAAUUCGCCCAAUUGACCGAUUCAGUUGAGAUGGUUAUCACGUUGUUGCAGAUCAAUGAAGAUCGCGUCCGAUUAUCUGCUGCUGGACUUUUCCAGGUUGGAGUUCAUCUUAUUCCAUCCUUGAUAGGUGCUGUGGUGACUUACAUGGUCAUCCUCCUCCAAAAUUAACCGACACUCUGAUGCGCAACAUAAAAUUGUUAUCAAACAACUUUUGGGUUUUGGAGGGAAAAAGUAUAGGUAUAAAGGAAUUAAUUAUUGAUUGGUUAUUGCUGCGACUGUCUUCUA